AAGGGCACAUAACUUGCACAAUAGGAAGUGUACCAGGAAGCUUGUUGGUCUAACAUCAUAUAAAAAUAAAUGUGCACGAAGUCAGUCAUCACGUUAUAACAAGGGACAGUGCGAUUACUUCAAAUCAGAGAAGGAGCGUGUGCAGCUUGACAGACAACUAGGGAUUAAACUUCAUAAAUUCGGAUUUAUAACCAGUGUGAAGAUGGAGAAGGUGGGAGAUGGCACUAAUAGAAAGAAGAUCACUGGUCAUUUGGUUUUCUGUGUCUGCACGGCAGUCAUCGGCUCUUUGCAGUUUGGCUACAACACAGGGGUCAUCAAUGCACCUUAUGAGAAAGUACAGUCCUUCUUCCAGGAUGCACAUAGGGAGCGCUACGGGAAAGCUAUGGAUAAAUCCACGGUUACUACUCUGUGGAGUUUCGCUGUAGCUAUAUUCAGUGCUGGUGGUAUGAUUGGUGCUCUCACUGUAGGAGCUCUGGUCAACAAAUUCGGAAGACGCAAGGCGAUGAUCCUGUCCAAUGCCUUGGCUCUGAUCGGGGGUGCGCUCAUGGGCUUGUCCAGUGUGUCCCGAUCAUAUGAGAUGGUGAUUCUCGGACGCUUGGUCAUCGGCGUCUUUUGCGGUCUCUGUACGGGCCUGACUCCCAUGUAUGUGGGGGAAACUGCACCAACAGCACUAAGAGGAGCAUUUGGCACACUUCACCAGUUAGGGAUUGUCAUUGGCAUACUCAUAGCGCAGAUCCUUGGUUUGGAGAAGUUGUUAGGUUCUGCAGAUCUUUGGCCAUUGUUGCUGGGACUGACGAUUUUGCCUGCAGUACUACAGAGCAUAAUGAUGCUGUUUUGUUCAGAGAGUCCCAGAUACCUGCUCAUCAACCUGCAACAAGAGGAAAAGGCUCGCAUGGUUUUGGUGCGUCUUCGUGGGAAUGAUGAUGUCGAAGAUGAUAUUCGUGAGAUGAGGGAAGAAGCCAGUAAGAUGGCCAUGGAGAAAAAAGUUUCCAUCAUGGAGCUGUUCCGCAACCCCGUAUACCGGCAGCCUAUUAUCAUUGCCAUCGUCAUGAACCUCUCUCAGCAGUUUUCUGGAAUCAAUGCUGUGUUUUAUUACUCUACAGAAAUCUUCAAGAAGGCAGGUAUCACUGAGGCGAUAUACGUCACUAUUGGAGCAGGAGCAGUCAACACUGUCUUCACAGUAGUCUCUCUCUUUCUGGUGGAACGGGCAGGACGAAGGACACUUCAGAUGAUUGGAUUAGGUGGAAUGGCUGUUUGUGCUCUUUUCAUUACCAUCUUUCUUCAGCAACUGGUGGACCCAUGUGUACAACAAGCAGACAACCUUUCUAAAGUUCCAGUCGCGAACAACUGCAAUGUCAAUGGGACAUUGGGACCAACAUCAGGCGAGAAUUCAAGCUCAGUGAUAAGCUACUUCGCCAUCAUUGCUGUUUUUGGGUUUGUGGCAACUUUUGAGAUUGGCCCAGGGCCAAUCCCAUGGUUCAUCGCAACAGAACUCUUUGCUCAAGGUGCGCGACCAGCUGCUGUCGCUGUAGGCGGCUGCUCCAACUGGACAGCCAACUUUCUCGUGGGUCUGUGCUUCCCACCUCUGCUGAGCGUGUGUGGACCGUAUGUCUUCAUCAUUUUUCUCGUCCUUCUUGUGUUGUUCUUCCUGUUUACCUACUUCUGGGUUCCUGAGACCAAAGGACGGACCUUUGAGGACAUUGCCAGCGCAUUUGCUAGAAAGGCAGCUACCAGCCCCACCGAGUUUACUCAGAAAGAGGGUGUGGCCAGUGUGUCAGUCUCCUCCCCCACAGAAAAAGUUGCGAUGGUGGAAUUAUAGUUGUCAGGAGGUCAGCCAGACUGGAGUUAACCCAUAGAGCUUAGACCAAAGAUUUUAUUUAAAAUUCUCACUUCAUCACUCCUCAUUACAAACAGUUGAUCUAAAGUUUAGUUCUAAAUGAGAAAGCCUGUUGUAAUCCUCACAUUGUAAAGACGAUCCAUAAGAGACAUGCACGCAUUACAAUAUAGCUUUGCCUAAUAAAAAAAAAUAAAUGCCUGAAGCAAACAUAAACUGUUUUAAAUGCAAGCCUUUGUGUCUGAAAUGAAGCAGGAAUUAUACUGGUCUUACUGAUUUUGGAGACCUAAUGUUCAUGUUUUCUUGUUUUCAAUGAAUUCUUAACAAUUUUUAAUAUUUUAAGCUACUGUACACCACUGUCCUUAUAAUUGAGCACCUUUAAAUCUGAAAAUAGGAAAUUAAUAAACAUAAACAACUUGGAAAGUAUUUAAAUAAUAAUUUUCCUUGCUAUUUUGCUAGCUUCCGGCAUUCUGGAAUAGCUUUGGGGUAUUUUCUUCAUCCAAUAAAAUUAUUAGAGCCUUGCACUAAGAUAUGCUAUAUGGUCCUUUUGCUCCUAGCGUGCUGUAAUCUGCAUUUAACUAGUGCAGUGUACUGAAAGUCAUUCCGUAGUUUUUUUCUUUAUUACUUAAAUUACACUGAAGUUAAGAUCUUUACCUUUAACCAUUUUAGUUUAUCAUUAGUUUCAUUUUAAGCUUCACAGUUUGUAGAUGUUUGUGUACCUCAGAGUAAAAUAAAGCUGGUGACCUUUGCAGAAAAAAACCUUAUACUGUACAAUACCUAUAAUAAUACACAUCUAUUCUUUAAACUUAAUCAGGUUGUUUGCUGAAGCUAAGAGACUGCUUAGAAACAAAGAUUUGUAAAUAUUUUCUGUAUGACAUAUGAUGAUGUUUUUAUAAAUAAGAAUGAAUGCAUAUAUGCAUAAAUAAACAAACAAACAAACAA